AUGCGGCCAAAUCCAGCCGAUAAGGACCGCGAGGCGAUUGCUGUCGAGUUGAUGAAACCUGUAGCACUGGAUAGUAAUGUGAGAAGCCUUCAUCACCAUUCACAUUGGGUGCAGGAGUUAGUGAACCUGGUGAAAUGUUCUGAAGUGAUUCGAAAGAUCCACUUGGAGUUUGAAGUGGAGAUAGCGUGCAUUGGCGAAAAUUCAAGUCCUGACAGGGGAUUACGAUGUUUGGAUAUUAUUUAUGUGGGCACGCAGGCCGUAUGGACCUGGUGGAUACAAAUUUGGGACUGGCAACAACUCAAUAUCGUCCAAUUUGGUGUCAUAUUAUGUUUUCUUGGAAACGAUAAAUUGGUCACUGUUGGUGGUUCUCGACGGCAAUUUGAUUCCAUCGAGGACAUGUCUGAAGCAUGA